AUGCCGUCAACUAAUAACGAUGGAUUUGACUUGCCACUUGCGAAAAGGCAGAAACGGACAGAUAGUUCGCAGGCUGAGCGGCAAGUGCAAUCACCUGGGUCUAAAAUAUUUUCACCCUAUCGGACCUUAGGAUUGAUUACGACUAAAAUUCCCUUUACCUACGUUCGAUUGGGUAAGUCUACCUAUCAGAUUACUACGUCCGUUGGACGCAGCUUGCAAACUUAUGACCUUCGGCGCGGACUCAGUCUACUCUUCGUGAGCAGACCCCAAACUCCAGACAUUAUAACGGCUACAUUCGCCUGGCAUGAUAUGGUUUUUGCGGCAUGGGGAAACCUCCGACCUGGCUCUCGGGGGGGUGUUUGGGUUUUCAAGCGCGGCAAAAAGGUCGCAUCCUUGGACGUGCCGCCAGGGGUCACUGAUCCGAUCGUUCGCCUGUUGGUUUUCGGUUCAUGGGUCAUUGGCAGCAGCGCCAAAUGCAUAUUUGUGUGGAAAAACUCAUCAUAUCAGCAUUACGCAACCCUUCUUCCGCAACAGACGAACGAAUCAUCCAUAGGGCAGAUCUACACCGGACAGAUCUGCAACAUGCCGACUUAUCUGAACAAAAUAUUUGUUGGGAGGUGCGAUGGCAAGGUCGAGAUCUGGAAUGUCAAAUCGGGAAAAUUAAUCCAUACAAUAUCGCCGGCGUCCUCGUCCGCGGGAGCUGUGACUGUCUUGCAAGCUAGUCCUGUCCUGUCUCUAAUUGCAGUUGGCUACAAGAACGGUCCUAUCUCCGUGUGUGACGUGCGGACAGGCCAAGUGGUCUUAUCAUUACGAAGUGGCACAUCCCACUUGCCGGGAAUCACAUCUCUCACUUUUCGAACAGAUGGGCUUGGUGCAGGCCAAGACGGUCAGAUUCCAGGUGUCAUGGUAACGGCCUGCGAGGAAAGUGGUGAUAUAACUAUGUGGGAUCUGAAUAACGGUGGCAGAGUAUCUGGUGUUCUCCGCCACGCGCACGGGGUCUCUAGCGACGAUACGAGUUCUGGCGUCAGUCAUGUCCAAUUCAUGGACGGUCAACCUGUCUUGGUUUCAUCAGGAGGGGAUAACUCUUUGAAAACGUGGAUUUUUGACCAAACUCCGUUCUCGAGCAUUCCUAGACAUCUUCAUUCUAGGAGUGGUCAUUCGGCCCCAAUCACAGCUGUUGAAUUUUUACCUGCCGCGUCCGAUGGAUCAGAGUUUGGAGGCAAGUGGCUGCUUAGCGCAAGUAAAGACCGCAGUUUGUGGGGCUUCAGUGCUCGCAAGGAUAGCCAGAAUACGGAGAUCUCUCAAGGCUCCCUCCAACACAAGAUGAAGAAAAACGCGGCCUCGAACACGACCAACAAGCUUCUUCGUGGUGAUUCGGAUAUUCACUUCAAAGCUGCAGAAAUCACUUGUAUUGCCUGUUCCCUCAAUCGCGAUGGUGGAAUGGGGACGACGACAUCAGGCCCCGUAUGGGCCAACCCGAAGGUGACAAGGACAGACGAUUCUACCAGGACUGGCUGGGAAAGUAUAGUGACUGGCCACCGCGGAGACAAAUAUGCUCGAACAUGGUUUUGGGGCAAAAAGAAAGCCGGACGUUGGGCAUUGGAAACUGGUGAUGGGACCGAAGUCAAAAGUGUUGCUAUUUCACAAUGCGGAACGUUCGCAGUAAUCGGGUCUGCAGGAGGCAGCAUAGACUUGUUCAAUCUGCAAUCUGGUGCUCACCGUCGAAGCUUUCCAGUUCGACACUCGGGGGUCAGUCCGAAAGACAAGACUCUGCCUCCGUAUAUGUUCCUUGGAAGCUCGACGAAGCAUAGUAAGGCAGUCACUGGUUUGAUGAUAGAUAAUUUAAAUCGGUUCGUCGUGAGCUGUGGACUAGACGGGAAGGUUAAGUUCUGGGAUCUCGUUUCGGGAUUAUUGGUUGAUCAGCUUGACUGGUAUCCAAUGACAUCAGUAAAUGGACUUCGCUACAGCAGGACAAGCGAGCUUGUUGCGCUAAGCUGUGACGAUCUAUCCAUCCGCAUUGUCGACGUGGAAACUAGGAAGGUAAUCAGGGAGUUCUGGGGCUGUGUAGGCCAAAUCAAUGAUUUCUCAUUCUCUAAUAACGGUCGCUGGAUCAUUGCCGCAUCAAUGGACUCUACAAUUCGGAUCUGGGACUUGCCGACGGGCCAUCUAAUCGAUAUCUUCCGUGUUUCCAGCACUUGCACCUCAAUUGCUAUGUCGCCAACGGGCGAAUUUCUUGCAACUGCGCAUGCAGAUGGCUUGGGGAUAAGUCUUUGGUCCAACAAAAGCUUAUUUGUACCUAUAUCCACCCAGAAUGUGGACGAUCGCAACAUUAACAACCUUGGUCUCCCGGCUUCUUCCAGUGAAUACGGGUCAGGGGUGAUCGAGGCUGCUUUCUCUGAAGAAACCGAGCAAGAUGAAGCAGACGGCCCAUUACCAACCGUCGAUCAGCUGAGUGGAGAUAUGGUUACACUAAGUGUGGUUCCAAAGAGCAAAUGGCAGACCUUCCUUCACCUGAAUUUAGUCAAGGAGCGAAACAAACCAAAGGAGGCCCCCAAAGCCCCUUCGAAAGCUCCUUUCUUUCUCUCCAGCCAUUCCAUGUCUUCGACUGCAGUGACUGAAUCUGCGAGAUCUUCGGAAUUACCAGUCGCUGAACGGUCAAGGAUCUCGAAGGUACAGCGCAGCGGGGAAAGCGGUCUCACGGGCUCCACAUUCAGCAGUCUUCUGCAAUCAGGCCAUAGCGCACUUGACUUUAACUCCUUCAUUGAUUACCUCAAAUCCAUGCCUCCAGCGAAAGCAGAUCUUGAAAUCAGGUCGCUAGAUCCCCAGGAACAGUCAGGUCGCUCCGAACUGUCGGACUUUGUCGUGGCACUUUCGUCUCGUCUUAGUGAGAGGAGGGAUUUUGAACUUGUCAAUGCUUGGAUGGCCGUUUUUCUCAGGACACAUGCAGAUUCUGUGGCGGCUUGUUCCGGUCCUGACGGCAACAAGAAUCAUCCUCUGAAGAAAGCUCUUCUUGUGUGGAGCCAAGCACAACGACAAGAGGCUCAGCGCUUAGCAGAAUUGGUAGGGUACUGUCGGGGUGUGGUGGGAUUUUUGAGGUCUGCUCGUUAG